CCCCGGCCCCUCGGGAGCAGCCCUCGCGCUAGGUUUUCUCUCCCGCGGAGCUCGCGUGGUAACCGCCAGUCGGUUGGCCGAUGCGGACUCGAUAUGCCCCAGCUGUGGAAGUAGGACGCGGCUCGCCCUCCGCUUUGAGUGCAGCGGGCAGGUCGGUCCGCAGGGCAGGGACCGUCCCCAUCGCGCCUCCUCGGGCCAGCCCGGGGCGGGGAGCGGGGCGCAGGCGAGGGACAGCGGUAACGCCGUUCCCGGCGUGCUUGUCAGUGACACAGCAUGUCAGGGCCCUUGGCCGGCAGCAGGGGAGGCAGCCCUGGCAUAGUUUGGCUUAGAAAGCUAGAAGGGCUAACGACCACCCCCAAAAUAGCCUUCCGACCUUGGGUAUCCCUCUCGAGAUAAUCGUACUACCUAGACGUGAAUUUACCGGCGAAGGGAGCCUUUUACCCUAGGCUUUCUAUUGCAGUGCAGGGGGCUGGAGGAGGGCUGAGUCCAGGAGGGCUUCAGGGAAGUCAGGGAAGGGAAAGCCAGGGGGCCGGGGCUCUGCAGGGGGCCCGGGGCGGAGGGAAGGCCGGAGAGACUUUGUUUGCCCGGAAUCUUCCCAGGGUCUUUGCUCGUGGUCGGGAGAGGAGGGGUCCCUCUUCCCAGUGGUCUGGUCUGAUGGGAGAGUUCCCUUCUUGCCUGCUGUCUGAGCUUGUCCUCUGUACCUAAUGCCCUCACGUGCUCACCUGUGUCAUGCAAAAAUCUCGAAAAUGGGCUAUAAUGUUGACUUGGAGAGCAGUGGGAAUAGUCCUUUUCACCCAUCCAUCCGACCACAUCCAACUCACGUUUAUUGAGGACCUACUUUUGACUGGAUCCUUUUGGGGACCGGGGAUACCUCAGUUAACAGAGUGAGUAAGACAUAGUCCCAGGGUUUGGUGGUUGGUAUUGACUUUGACCCCAGGGACAGCCAGGACCCUGUGGGGUUCCAACUGUCAUCUCCUGUGAGAAUGCAAGUUGGAAUGAGAGAUGUUUAAUUGGAAAAAAGAGGCCCAGCAGCCGCUUCCAGGGCAGAGAGUCAUCCUGUGGAAGAAACACCGGCUUUGCCCUAAAUGCAGGGCUUUUUUCUAUACCCCCACGUGCUACCGGUUCGUUAGUGUGUUAAAGUUUACGUGCUAUCCUGGGGUAGUGUUGUCUUUGGAGAAGCUGGUUGGAAAAACACAAGUUUGGAAUUGUCUUUGGAGCUGGAACUGGAGGAGAGGAGCCAGCGUUGAGCUGACCAGGCAGUGUGAAAUGAAGCCAGCAAAGGGAGUCCCAGAGGAGAACGCCGCAAAAGCUCCUCGAAUCCUAUGUACCUGUUAAUUAUUGUCCAUGCCUUCUGCAUCUUCCUUACCCCCACUUUGAACUUCCCCUCCACAGUAAUUGUGAUUACGGAGUGAUUACAGGGUGUGGCUAAGAGCUUGGGUCAGCAGUUUGAAUCCCCAGCCGCCCCGUGGAAGCCCUGUGAGGCAGUUCUUCUUUGUAGGGCUGCAGCGAGUCAGAGUUGGUUUGGUUUUUUGUAUAGGGUGGUGCAAAUGGUAGUCUGCCCAGAUGUGCUUCGGAAGAAAGGCCUGUCGUUCUACUGCUGAAAACCCUGUGGAGCAGAGUUCUGCAGUGACACAUGUGGGGUCGCUGCGAGUUGACGUCGACUUGACUGAAAGCGGUCCUAAUCUGAAGGAGUGGCUGAGGGAGCAGUUUUGUGAUCACCCUCUCGAGCACUGUGAGGACACAAGGCUGCAUGAUGCAGCCUACGUUGGGGACCUGCAGACCCUCAGGAGCCUGUUGCAAGAGGAGAGCUACCGGAGCCGUAUCAAUGAGAAGUCUGUCUGGUGCUGCGGCUGGCUACCCUGCACACCACUGCGGAUCGCGGCCACCGCCGGCCACGGGAACUGUGUAGACUUCCUCAUCCGGAAGGGGGCAGAGGUCGACCUGGUGGACGUCAAGGGGCAGACUGCCUUGUAUGUAGCUGUGGUGAACGGGCACCUGGAGUGCGCCCAGAUCCUCCUGGAAGCUGGCGCAGACCCCAAUGGCAGCCGGCACCACCGUAGCACCCCGGUCUACCACGCCGCACGUGUGGGCAGGGCCGACAUCCUGAAGGCGCUCAUCAGAUACGGGGCCGACGUUGACGUCAACCACCACCUGACUCCCGAGGUCCGGCCCCCGUUCUCCCGAAGGCUCACCUCCCUGGUAGUCUGCCCCCUGUACAUCAGUGCUGCCUACCACAACCUCCAGUGCUUCAAGCUGCUCCUUCAGGCAGGGGCGAACCCCGACUUCAACUGCAACGGUCCUGUCAACACGCAGGGCUUCUACCGGGGCUCGCCCGGAUGCGUCAUGGACGCUGUGCUGCGCCACGGCUGCGAGGCAGCCUUUGUGAGCCUGCUGGUGGAGUUCGGAGCCAACCUGAGCCUGGUGAAGUGGGAGUCCCUGGGCCCAGAGUCGAGGGGCCGGAGGAAGGUGGACCCUGAGGCCCUGCAGGUCUUUAAAGAAGCCCGAAGAUGAAGCAAAACCCUGCCUCAGCUCUGGAACUUGCUGCAGCUCAUUAGUGGAACAUCUCCCUGGAUCCCUCACAGGGCAGCUGCGUCUGUUAACCCAAAUGACGGCACUUCUCUCACAUCAAAGCCAAUGUUCCCGCAACAGGAGCAGAGACUCACUGGGAAAGAAUUCCCAUCUUGUCGGAGGUCCAGGAAGGGCUGACAUGAAUAUGACAUGGUUCCAUCAGAAUCCUUCAGGAUCGCACUAGUUUCCAUGGAACUAAACGUCUGUUAUGGAUUGAAUUUUGUCCCCCUAAAAAUAUGCACUGUAAAUUCUAAUGCCUAUGGUUCAGAGCUCAGGCUGCUAACCAAAAAAGUCAGCAGUUCAAAUCUACCAGCCACUCCUUGGAAAUCCUAAGGGGCAGUUCUGCUCUGUCCUAUAGGGUCGCUAUGAGUCAGAAUUGACUAGAAGGCAAUACUUUUGUUGUUUAUACUUGUGGUUAUAAUCCCAUUUGGAUAUGGAUUUUCUUUGUUAUGUUAAUGAGGCAGUAUUAUCGUAAGGUGUGUUUUAAGUCAAUCUCUUCUGAGAUAUAAAAAGAGCAGAUUGAGCAAGCAACCAAGCAAACAAGCAAACAAGAGGGAAGACAGAUGCCUUACCAUGUGAAGAUCGCCAAGGAACCAAGGAACAAGGACCUUCCCCCAUAGCUGACAGAGAAAGAAAGCCUUCCUCUAGAGCCAGCACCCCGAAUUCAAGCUUCCAGCUCACUUAACUGUGAGAAUAUGAAAUGUCUGUCUGUUAAAGGCACCACUUGUGGUAUUCCCGUUAGAGCACUAGAUAACGAAGUGUCCUCUUAGACUCAGGAGGUUUAAGGGAACAAUCCGCCAGACGUAUGUGGUGGGAUAAUGGUCAGCAUCUUCUUGUAAAAGUGCAGCAAACCUACAAAAGCUGCUGAGCAUGGGGCAGGGGUCGUCUGGGUGCCCAGUGAGGGGGGAAGGAGGAGGCACAUGCUUUAAUUAGACUUGGACUUUGCUGGGACGAGUCUGCAUCUGAUUUUCACUCAGAGCACUUCUGCCUCCUCAGGCAAACAGCGGACUGAACACUUGAUGUCAGCACACGCUUCACACACACACCAUGUAUUCACUUCCAUAGGCAUGCACGUGCACACACGGGGACCCACACGCAUUCCCUGACUUGCCAUGUGUGGGGCAGAUUCCAGCUCCCCCUUUCCCGCUCUCUUUGUGAUAGGAGGCAGGGCUGAGUCCUCUCUUUGUUUAUUUGUACAGGGAGGAAUUCAUCAAUUAAAUGUCUAGCUUUGAGGUCUGGCCUAUCAGGAGCGAUUCCUGUAAGGCUAACUCAUUCCUUUAAUCUCCAUCCUGGGCCUCUCUUUGCUGUUCUUCAAUUAACAGUAUUUGGACAAUUACCCCACUGCUUUUACUAUGCAGAGGGAGCAAAGGAAAAGUUGGGGUGCUCUCAUCAGUCUGCAUGGGCUCCUGCUGGCUGUGGGGUUGGGUUUGCUGCCUGGGGUGCCCCUGCCCCACCCAGGGAGGCUGCACCAGCUGCAGUAGUUGGGGUGUUGAGUCUGGAGGUUCCUGACGAGUACCUACCACUGUGGCUCUUGCUCAGUGUUCAGUCCUGGGCCCCUCUGGUGAUCUGUUGAAAACCACAGAGCCUCUUUCUGGGAGUGUGUGCAUAUAUGCGUGCACACACACAAACGCGUGCGCACAACUUCUGGUAUAUGGUCCGGCCCCACUAUUGAAGACCAGGAAGCUGAGCCCCAGAGUGGGUCAUUUGCCCCUUGGUGAUUAGAGAUGGGUCUGGAUGCCGUCUUGGGUUCAUGCCGGGAGUCUGCCCUCCCCUGGCCCAGGUUUUCCCUCUGAACCAGAGAUAUCUUUGCUUGCUGCCAUUCAAGCAGCCUGGAUUGUGCAUCUCUGGAGGCUGGUUCAGCCCCUGGAGAAAGGUCAUGGGGAGGGGUCUCCCCAGGUGAGGUCUGGCCUGAAGAUUGUCCCAGAGGCCCACCCUUCCAUUCACAUUGUCUCACUCACCUGUGACCCUGCCCUCUGGGGCCCAGCCUCCAGCCCCCUAGCCCCAGAGGUGACCCCAGCAGCAGGCUGACGGGCCUAUGGUGUGCUUCCCUCGGUUCCUGCCUGUCUUCAUGGAGCCCACAGGGACAAGCACAUUCUUUAGGCCCUUCUGGAGGUGCAGUGUUUUACCAGGCAGCCAUAGGGCCUCAUUCAAGUCUCAUGAUAACCAUUUGGAGAAACAGGCUCAGAAAGGACAAACCCAUGUGGUAAAGCUGGGACUGGGAUUCCAGGAGCCCUGCUCCCUCCCCCCAUGGGACACAAUUGAAAAGUCACACAGCAGGGAUGUGGUACACAUGCUGUCCUGCACCUACAGACCAUCAUGGGAGAAGAGGGGCAGGAAGGGGUGUGGCCGCACGUACUGGCUUCUGCUCUUCCUCUUCUUUCUCCACCUUCGACUGACUCCUGCAUGGUCAACUUGAGUGAAUGAAUGAAUGAAUGAGUGCAGCCAAGGCUCCUGCUGACCUGCUCUGCCAUUGCUGACCUCAGACAAGAAUGAGAAGACAUCAAGGGUCCACAGGAGACAAGAGAGGGAGCAGCUGGGUGGCUCUUCCUCCUGGGAUUGCCAGUGGAUCCCCAGGGCACUCCCUGGCUGGAUUCCUGCCUUCCUCCAUCAAAGUAAUGGCUUGUUAGUACCAGCAUUGGGAAGACAGGCUGGACGGGAAGCCAGCCUCACUGUGAAGCUCCAGCUCCGGGCCUCUUUGUUUCUCUGCUUCUUCCAAAGUGGCAAAAGAUCAAGGCCCUGAGCUUGAAAUAACAAGAGGGAAAUAGUUUGCAGACCUGCAUCUGGAGGCCAGAGGGGCUUUAAUCGUGGUGCUCGCAAGAGCGCGGGGAGGGCGGGUUUGGAUCACUGGUUCAUAAACUCAUCUCUGUGGCUUCACACGGCAAACUCAAGAGAGGCCCCGUCCCAGGCUUGGAUGUGGCCCUGGCACAAAGCUUCCUCUCUGGUUAAUGAGACAAGGCACACCUGUCUGCUGAGUGCCACGCCCAGCCCGUGUCUCCCGGCAGGUCCCGGCCUCCUUACCCUGCAUUUCAGCGUCUCUGACGCCAUGAAGACACCCCUUCUUAGGUACAGACCCUGUGACCUUCAGCUGAAUCCUCCAGGCAUCGGCUUUAAUUCAGGCCUGCUGUGGAGUCCCUGGGUGAUGCAAAUGGUUAAUGCGCUCGGCUGCUAACCAAAAGAUUGGGGGUUGGAGUCUACCCAGAGGUGCCUCAGAAGACAGGCUUGAUGAUCUACUUCUGAAAAAAUCAGCCAUUGAAAACCCUAUGGAGCAGUUCUACUCUGAUACACAUGGGGUCACCCUGAGUCGGGGGUGACUCGGCAGCAGCUGGUUAUUGGUAGGGUCAACUGCAGGGUUGCCGUGGUCUGCCUGUUGACAUAUGCUGACAUACGUCUGCAGUUUACUCGAGGCUGAGAAAAGCCCAGAGUACCCCUGAUGUCCCUUGAAGCCAAAACAGGCCUUGUCCUGGGGGAAAGGGGAACUUGCAGGGCAUCACCAUGCCGUGGUUGGGGUGACGGGAGCCUCCAGGGUGUCAUACUCUGGAUAAAGAAGCCUGUCACUUUUCCGUUUGUCUUUGGAUCUGCAACUUUUGGAGAUCUUCCCAACCAUGAGUUUACCUAGCACAUGAUUCUCCAGCCUGAGGCCUUCUGCUUAUAAUCAGUGACAGAAUUGAGAAGGGGGCCCACAGAUCUCAGGUUCAUGGAGAGCACCUCUUUGCUUCUUGCACUCUGCACUGGCCACUACCAAAAGGGCACCCAACUCACAAGGUUGUAACGAAAACAUACCUGAGCCACGAUACACGCUGAGGUGAUAGAGUCCCAACUACCAAGUGCACCAGGGUUCCUGGGCUGCAAAGCAAAGUGACACAAGAUUGGGGCUUGUAAGAAUGGAAGUUUAUUCUCUCCUAGUUCUGGAGGCUGAGAGUCCAAAUUCAAGGUGUCAGCAGGGCCAUGCUCUCUCUGAAGGCUCUAGGGGCAGAUCCUUUCUUGUCUCUCCAGCUUCUGUAACCCCAGUGUCAUUGGCUUGCAGCUGCAGCAUAAAUCCAUCACCGUAUGGCCGUCUCCUCUGUGCCUGUGUGUCUCUAUGAGGACACCACUCAGGUGGCAUUAGGGCCUACUUUGAGGACUAAGGUGCACCUGACCCAAGCGAUGCUGUUUUCAAUUGCCUUAUAUGAAUUUGGAAGCUGGAUAAUGAAUAAGGAAGACAAAAGAAUUGACACCUUUGAAUUGUGGUGUUGGCAAAGAAUAUCGAAUAUACCAUGGACUGCCAAAAGAACAAACAAGUCUGUGUUGGAAGAAGUACAGCCAGAAUGCUUCUUAGAAGUGAGGAUGGCAAGACUUCAUCCCACAUACUUUGGACAUAUUGUCAGAAGGGACCAGUCCCUGGAGAAGAGCAUCAUGCUUGGUAAAGUAGAAUGUCAGAGAAAAAGAGGAAGACUCAUUGAGAUGGAUUGACACAGUGGCUGCAAAAACGGGCUCACACAUAGCAACGAUUGUGAGGAUGGUGCAGGACUGGGCAGUGUCCGUUUGUUGUACAUAGGGCCAUUAUGAGUUGGAGCUGACUUGACGGCACCUAAUAACAACUACUCUGGUAUGAACUCAUGUUGACUGAUAACAUCUUCAAAGACCCUAUUUCCAAAUAAGAUCAUGUUCACAGGUUCAAGGGUUAGGACUUCAAUAUAUCUAUGGGGCGGGUGGGGCACAAUUCAGUCUAUAACACUGAGGAUCUGUGAAUAUAGUAGGCAUGACCCGCCUGGGGUUGCAUCCUUGUAUGACCUGGGCCAGGUAACAUUUCCAUUCCUGUUUUAGGGAAGAGGAGACUGGUGUUGGGAGGAAGGCUGGUAAGUUGUUUAAGGCCACAUAGCUCCUGAGAGUCAGAGUCAAACUUGAAUCUAGACCUCCUUAACCACAAACCUGUGGGCUUUCCAGAGCCCUUCGUCUCCCAAGGUCUCAGUUAUCCAAUCUGGUCUACAUCCAUCCUUGGAGUGAAUUCUUUUCCUAAAAUACAGUGAGGACCCUAUCACCUCCCACCUCAAAAGCUGGCAACCACUUCCAUUUCUUGGGUGGGUCCUUUGGAUUGCUGGAGUGACCAAUGACCAGGGAGGCUGCAGCUGUUCAUGUAUCCAGCACUUAGUGCGAAGGUUACGACGUGGCAGAGGGAGAUGGAAUUGGUGGGGAUUGUGUGUCCUUCCACGCUGGGUCGAUAGACAAGUAUCCAGCUGUGUAGAUUCCUGAGAUGUGCUGACUGUGGUGGAGGGACGGAGUCUUGGGCCAACACAUCCAUUGAUUUGUAUGCAAAUUCAAUCAGCUGCUGCAGCCAGGGAAAGGAGAAGAAGGUGAGGUCUGAAACUAAAACCUCAUCAGGCUACAUUGACUGAGCCCUUUGCUAUUACAGAUGUCCAGAGAGACACUGACUCUUGGUUAACAUGCUGAAUAACUUCCCCAAAUCUGCUGAUAUUUUACAACAACCCUGUAAUUUCAGUUAGUGUACUAGUCACCAAUGUGAAGUUUCUGGUUAUAGAUACCAUGAUAGGGAGGGCUGUGUCAUUUGCUAAGGGUGGCAUUUCAAAUGAGUAGGGAAAAUUUAAUGCAUCAUUUUUGACAACUGUCUGUCCACAGGAAAAAUAUUGCGUAAAAAAGUGACACCCUUCCACCAUCUGUACCUUAAAAAAAAAAUUCCAGCUGGCUUAAAGAUCUAGGUGUAAGAAAGACUCUGUUGCCUGAAGGAGACAUAGGAGAAUGUUUUCGUAUUUUGCGGGUGGAGAAGAUGUUUCCAAGCAAGGCGUACAAAUAAUUGAUAUUAAGAAUGAGACAGACUAAUAGCGGUAUCUCAGAGGCUUAACCCAACAAGGUUCCUCCUCCGGCUCCAUGUUAAGCGUAGGUCAGCAGGGGCUGUGUUCCACACAGAUAUCCGGGGACCCAGGGUGAGACUCCGUCUGGGAUAUUAUAGCAGGGGAAGAGACUCUUGGAGGUCAUGCACCAGCUCUUCUAGGUUUUGGCUUAGAGUUGACACAUGUCACUUCUGCCCAAAGCCCACUGGCCAGAAUCAGUCAUGUGACCCUGCUGAACCACAAGGGGAGGGGCAAUGUGGGGAAUAAGUUGAAUGUUUAUGAACACUGCUCUCUGCCACAAACUCUAUCCUAAUACAUUAAAGUAUUGGAUGGAAUGAGAGAUUUUCUUGGGACAUGGGUCAAAAGAGAUGCUUAAGAAGAAAUGAAAAUAGAUUCUAAGAAUUACCGUCAAGAAAUGGAUUUCAUCUAGGUGGUUUUAUUGAAAGAAUAUCGAGCAUGUGUGUUCAGGGAGGAGUGGUGAGAUGUUCCCAGAAUUCCCCGGGGGCUGGGUACCAGGUGUGGAAUUAACAAACCUCAAGGGGCUCUGAGGCAGGAAGCAGGAGGUAGGACACGUCAUAACAGGACGUUAGGGGAGGAAGUGGGCCACCUGCACCUCCCUCCAGUUGUUCCAGACCUACUGAGAAUGUGCUCAGUUGGCAGAUCUGGGGGUGCCCCUGGCUGUCCCAGGCCUUGUCACUUCUGUAACAAGCUGAUUAUGCAGAAUUAUCCUCUCAGCCUGUGAACAGGGGAGAGGGCAUCCCCCAGUAAGAAACUGAGGUGCUGGUAUAGGCGCGGAAAAUGAAGCUCAGCAGUCAAAGAGGAACUAAAGGAAAGAGAGACUGACACCCAUGUGGCAUCAGCUAUUGAAACUUUGUCAGAGAAUAGGUAAGAGAUACGACGAGCUCUGAAGUCAUAUGAUGCUAACAGAAUCGCAAAGAAAAACGUUAUUAGAUGCUAUUUAUAAAGGUAUAUAUUUAAAGUGUCUCUCCGUUAAGGAUCAGAAAUGGAUAUGCUUCUAAGUUCUUAGAUUAGGUAGCUACUGUGUCGAGGCUUCCGUGUUCAUGGUGCUUUCAUAUUCAAGGCCCCACCUCAGUGCUGGGGGCCCAAUGGCUCUGAGGCGUCACAGCUGCACUUGGGGUCUAAGAGCAGAUGCGGUGUCUCACAGGGUAGAAAUGGACAAAAUGACACCAUGAUGGGUGCACCAGGUGAUGGGCCCAGAGUGCUGGUGACUCCAGAGCAAAAUGGCUGACCAUGGGAGUCAGAUUGGUAGAGAAAACAUUCCACAGAGGAGAGGUUCACUGGGACCCUUCACUAAAGUGCCCCAGGCAUCUGCCUCUUCAGAGCACCAGAAGGAAGUUGCUGGUAGACAGCCAUCAGCCGAAUGUUGAACAGAAUGGGCUGGCCUUUGGCUUAGUAGCCAUUGGUGCCUCACGGAGUGACCCAGGCCCCACUUCCCCAUCUCUCUGCUCUCCGGGGCCUCUGAACCUUUUGUGCUAUCCAAAGACCCAAUUAAAGGAAGAUAAAAGAGAAGGAUGACGGAUUCACAAAAACGCCUGCUCAGCCUGGACACCUGUGACAGGAAGGAACAUAGAAAAGGGAAGGAAACAUAGACCAGUGAUAAUGAAUACUGAUUUUUGUGCAAAUCCAGUCAGCAGCAACCUAUGAGCCAGAGCCCCUGAACGUCACUCCAAAUCAAAGCAGUGUAAAUACUGCCGCUUCAGGUCUGCCUUGAGAGGCAGCUGUCUGCCGGCACGCGGGGACUGCGGCAAGCAGCGUUCCAAAGGUGUCUGCUGCCUUCGAGUUUAUUUAUUUGCCUCACUUGAUCCCAGUUACGUUUAAGCAUGGCGUGAUUAUACAUCUCACACUGAUUUAAGACCCCGGGCCUGCAUGGUGGGCAGGGAAAAGACGAGGGGGAGGAAAAGGCUUCCUAGCUCCAUCUAAUUUAAAGCAUCUUUAGCUGAGUGGCGCAGUGAAAAGGAUGUGGCUAAAACAAAAAUCAGAGCGAGAUCAAAGGACAUGCACAAAUUUAUUCCUUCUGGAAGCAACCUCUCCUUUUUCCCUGUCUCUGCUUCUUCCCUCAUUCAAAUCCCAGGAUUCUUCUGUGGCAGAGCUCCAGGACUCCCUGGUCUCUGAGCAGAGUCCCAGUUUCAUCUUUGAUUGAUGGGGCGGCUUGCGGGAGAUCUGAGGGCCUUCGUGAUUUCACGGUGGGCACGUGAAGCGUCACAUUAAUCAGUGCUCUUUAAAAGCAGUUCAAAGACGGUCCUAGAUGCUGGUAAGACUCUUGUUUGAAGCAUGGAGCCAAGGGGCUUCGUGAUUUUAUCAACAGCCUGCAGCUUCUUUCUCCUCUCUCCAGAGCACUUCUUGCUGAGUCGUGCUGGGUGGAAUUUUACAUGCGAAUCUCACGGAGCCAAAGGAACCUGAAAGAUUGUCCAGUUCCAAACCCAUGCUUCACAUCCACAGACGCUUGAAGAGGGAAAUGGCCUACUUAGGAUCAACGGAAAGGGGCUCCUAGUCCACAGGCAGCGUGUUGCUCAGGCUUCCUGGUGGCCUGUGACAACUCAGAGGAGAUUGAGCUCAAAAGGGGAAUUUUAGCUCCUGUAAUUGGGAAGUUGAGAGGAUGAGCUCCGAGUCCAGCAGGAUCUGGGGUGCAUGCUGUUGGUUUUCCCCUUUCCCUCCAUCUCCCAUCUGUUGCAUGGUCUGCAAGCAAGAAAAGACCCCCCUGCAGCCCAGGCUGACAUCACAGCUCACAGAGCCUUUUUUUCCCUCCUCCUUCCCCUGCCCACCACACAGGCCCAAGAUCUUAAGUCAGCAUGAGAUGUAUAAUCACGCCAUGCUAAAGUGUAACUGGGAUAAAGUGAGACAAAUAAACGCACAAUCUCUCCUGAUGCACCUGUUUACCUAGUCUCAGGGCAGGACCUUUACCAGCUCUGCUUGUCACAUGCCCCGCCCUGGACCAACUAUUGUGCAGAGAGAUGGAGUUCUGUAACUGGCCAGGCUCGAUCACGUGCUCACUCCAGGCCUAGCUAAGGUGUCAGGGGACUAUGGGUGACAGUCCCAGCAAAGCCACCUGUGUGUGUGCGUGAGCAUGUGUUUGUGCGCGUAUGCAUGUGCGUGCGUGUGUUAUCUAAUUAAAAGAGGGGCCGUGGGCAGAAAAACAGCAUUCAUCAAGUGUCUGGAGAGUUACUUCCUGCACCAUCACCCAAUGGAUGGACUAUGGAACACUGAUCUGAGGAGAUGUAGUAGAUGUUAUGUGAUCAAAGGAUCUGUGAUCUAUGUAUUGGGAAGUUCUGGCUGAAGCUUGGGUGAAGCAUUUCGUUUCAUCAUGCCAAUGUGCAUUGGAAUCUCUAAGACAGGGCUAUCGAUGAGUGUUUCCCAUGUUUAUUUGACUAAGAAGCCACUUCUUAGCUAUGAGACACUGUAAGGAAAAUGAGGCUUUAGGAUAGAAAGUUUAAACUGAAAGAAACUUUAGACAUCAUAUAGCCCUUUCGGUUUACAGAUUCAUAAAGGUGAAGUUAUCUGCCUGGUGGUGCUAAGGAAGAACCCUCUCUAACAUGCACACCAGCCAGUCUGUUCUUACCCGAUGACCCGCAGUCUGACUCCAACUUGUGUAUUUGCCACUGUAGUGACUUAGCUUAUGCUGUUCCCUCUUCCUGGAAUACCUCUAUUCCCCAUCCCCACUGGCCAUUCUUCUGGGCAACUCCAACCUUCACGACUGGGUGGCCUUCUCCACCAGCUCGUACCUACAGUGGGGAGACAUGCCCUUCUGUACCAGGCCUUUCCAAACUCAUAACUGGAGCUAAGAGCUACCAAUCCCUUCCAGUGGAAAGUAAGCUCUUCAAUCUCCAAAUCUCCAGAUAGAAUAACAAUUUUAUGGCAAUUACAUUCUAACCUGUGGCAUAGACGUUUAUGUAAUUGACUUACAGCCUUUUCUAGACAAUAGACUCUUAUGCUAUAAAUGAUUUCUUCUGCUAAUCAUUUCUUCUGAGACCCCCAUUCUCAAGUCUGUAUGGGAGUGAAAGAAACAAUUCACAGUUUGGUUAGAUCAGAUGCUUUGUCUUACACUGCUUGGUAUGGGAUCUGGACAUUUCUUGGAAUCCAGUUACUUUGGGGAAGCAAUGCUGAAUUAAAUGCUUUUGAUUUUACAUGGGGUCUCUAAUAAAACUCCAGAACAAAAAUAAGGAUAAAGCAUGUCAUACAACAAAGAAAGAGCAUGGUUUUAAAGAUUAUCCAGAAAACAAAAAAUAAAAAUUUAGAUAGAAAUUAAAUGCCUUGCACCCUCAAGGAAAUUAAGAAACAUAGACCCUUUGAAAAGACAGGAAAUAUAAGAUGAAAAAGUAGAAAGAUUCUAAGGGAGCUGACAGAAGAAAGAUGUUAAAGAAGCCGAUAGGCUAUUGCAGUAAGGAGAAGUAAGACAUGGAAUAAAUACUCUAGGAAAAACAAUCAUUGGUAUUACAAAACCAAACCAAAAAUCACUAGAAUUAAAUAAAUCAGGGAGGUGCUAAAAGAUAUGAAUGGCUGGCAAUGCAGAUGCAACAUAAGGAGAAUUGGUGUGCUUGAAUAAGAGAACGGACCAACAAGAGCAGAAAUAAUAUUUUUGAAGCUAUACUAGAAGAACAUUUUUGGAACUGGAGGGAGCCCUGAAUCUACAUUUCAGUAAGUAUCAAGGUGCCUGAGAAAACAUUAACAACAACACCACCAAGACACAUCCUGGUGAAGUUUCUCCAUUUCAAUGAUGAAGAGCAGAAUCUCACAGGUAUCCAGUAAUAACAACAGGAUCAUUUAGAAAGGCAAGUAAUGAGGCUGUUGUCAGAAUUUUCUCAAUUUUGGGUGACAGAAGAUAGUGGGUCAAAAUGUACAAGUGUUGAGGGGAAGCACCUGUGAAACCAAAAAUUUUGUUUUUCCCCAGCCAUAUGCUUGUAUGUAAUGGCAGCAAAAGACAUUAUCUUCUGUAGGAGAACAGGUUACCCCUGUGUAUUCUUUCUAAAUUAAACAACAACAGCAAUGAAAACUACUCGAAGAUCUGUUGUAACCGAAUGAAAGAUGAAUGAAAGUAAUAAAUUAAAAAAUGUGAAUUCGGGAAAGAAAGGGCAGGCGGUGAGCACAGAAUCCGUGUAGACUUAGAGUUAGGUCUGAAUAAUGGAGUAAAUAUGGUUACGCAUCAGAAUAUAAAAGUUCUCUUGAUUCCUGAUCUAAUCAGGUUUCCACUUGAAUGGUGGACAUUAUAAGAUGUCAUAGAUUUUAAGAUAACCCCGAUCUCAAGAGGCUGAAAAGGAAAACAGUGCAAUUAAGAACUGAAGUUGACUACACGUCUAUUUGUGGGACAAGUCACUUAACCUUUGUCUUCCUUUAUAGACUGAGUCUUCGAGGACAGGGGCUUAUACUUUUUGUGUAUUGCUGUACCACCAGCAAGAGCAGGGUCCGGCACUUAGCAAGUGGCCAAUAAAUAUUUUUUGGAUAAAUAUUAAUAAUCUUUAGUAAAAUAAAAUCACAAUAGUUUAACUGAAUAAUGUAACGUAAUGAAAAGCUGUCAAGCCCACUUACCGAUUGUCUGCAUAAUUUAACACUAGAAAAAAAAACUUAUGGAGCACAUCAACCAAAAAUAGGUGGAUGGAAAAACAGGAAAAAUUGUAGUUAUGUUAAUUUCCUCGUGCUGUUUUUUUUCUGAAGAUAAUGCAUUCAGAAAUACAGAUUUAAGCAGUCUAUUUAAAGGUAUAAAAAUAACUACAGCUAAAACAACAACAAGAACAUUAGACUGUAUUCUUCCAAACUAUAAGAAAGGACAGAAUGAAAGAGAAGGCAAACAAUACAGCACUAUAUAUAAAGGAACAAUAUAGGAAAACUGCUAGGAAGCUGUCAGGGUUCGCACUGUGUCUGUAGAAAUGUGUGUCAACUUGGCUAGGCCAUGAUUCCCAGUACUGUGUGAUUGUCCACCAUUUUGUCAUCUGAUAUGAUUUCCCUAUGUGUUGUAAACCCUACCUCUAUGAUGUUAAUGAGGCAGGAUUAGAGGUAGUUAUGUCGGUGAUAGAAAAACUCUGGAGAUUGCAUGAUUGAGUUUUGCAAGACCAGUGACUUCUUUAUUGCAAAUACCUUUUUUCACCAACGUAAACGGCGACUAUAUACUUGGACCUCACCGGAUGGAAUGCAGAGGAAUCAAAUCGACUACAUUUGUGGAAAGAGGCAAUGGAAAAGCUCAGUAUCAUAAGUCAGAACAAGGCCAGGGGCCGAUUGUGGAAUAGACCACCAAUUGCUCAUAUGCAAGUUGAGGUUGAAGAAAAUUAGAAUAAGUCAGCGAGAGCCAAAGUACGGCCUUGAGUAUAUCUCACCUGAAUUUAGAGACCACCUCGAGAAUAGAUUUGAUGCAUUUAACACUAAUUACCAAAGAUCAGAGGAGCUGUGGAAUGACAUCAAGGACCUCAUACAUGAAGAAAGCAAGAGGUCAUUAAAAAGACUGGAAAGAAAGAAAAGACCAAAAUGGAUGUCAGAAGAGACUCUAAGACUUGCUCUUGAAUGUGGAGUAGCUAAAGUGAAAGGAAGAAAUGGUGACAUGAAAGAGCUGAAGAGAAGAUUUUGAGAAGACAAAGUAAAGUAUUAUAAUGAAAUGUGCAAAGACCUGGAGAUAGAAAACCAAAAGGGAAGAACACACUCUGUGUUUCUCAAGCUUAAAGGACAGAAGAAAAAUUCAAGUCUCAAGUUGCAAUAUUGAAGGAUUUUACAGGGAAAAUACUAAAUGAUGCAGGAAGCAUCAAAAGAAAAUGGAAAGAAUACACAGCCAUUGUACCGAAAAGAAUUGGUCGACGUUCUGUCAUUUCAGGAGGUAGCAUAUGAUCAGGAACCGAUGUCACUGAAGGAAGAGGUCCAAGCUGCACUGAAAUCAUUGGUGAAAAAGAAGGCUGCAGGAAUUGAUGGAAUAUCAGUUGCGAUGUUUCAACAAAGCGUGCAUUGCUAGAAGUGCUCACUCUUCUGUGCCAAGAAAUUUGGGAGGCAGCUACCUGGCCAACCGACUGGAAGAGAUCCAUAUUUGUGCCAGUUUCAAAGAAAGGUGAUCCAACAGAAGGCAGAAAUAAUUGAACAAUAUCAUUAAUACCAUAGACAAGUAAAACUUUGCUGAAGAUAAUUCAAGGCUGGUUGUACCAGUACAUCUCAACAGUGAACUGCCAGAAAUUCAAGGUGGAUUCAGAACAGGGAUAUCAUUGCAGAUGUCAGAUGGAUCCUGGCUGAAAGCAGAGAAUACCAGAAGGAUGUUUACCUGUGUUUUAUUGACUAUGCAAAGGCAUCUGACUGUGUGGAUCAUAACAAAUUAUGGAUAACAUUGCAAAGAAUGGGAAUUCCAGAACAUUAAUUGUGCUCAUGAGGAACCUUUACAUAGAUCAAGAGGCAGUUGUUUGGACGGAACAAGGGGAUACUGAUUGGUUUAAAGUCAGGAAAGGUGUGUGUCAGGGUUGUACCCUUUCACCAUACCUAUUCAAUCUGUAUGCCAAGCAAAUAAUCUGAGAAGCUGGACUAUAUGAAGAAGAACGGGGCAUCAGGAUUGGAGGAAGACUCAUUAUGCAGAUGACACAAUCUUCCUUUCUGAAAGUGAAGAGAACUCGAUGAAGAUCAAAGACCACAGCCUUCAGCAUGGAUUACACCUCAACAUAAAGGAAACAAAAAUCCUCACAACUGGAUGGACCAAUAAGAAACAUCAUGAUAAAUGGAGAAAAUAUUGAAGUUGCCAAGGAUUUCAUGGAAGCAGCAGUCAAGAAAUCAAAAGAUGCAUUGCAUUGAGCAAAUCUACUGUAAAAGGCCUCUUUAAAGUGUUGAAAAGCAAAGAUGUCACCUUGAAGACUAAGGUGCACCUGACCCAAGCUAUGGUAUUUUCAAUCGCCUCAUAUGUAAGUGAAACCUGGACAAUGAAUAAGGAAGACCAAAGAAGAAUUGACUCCUUUGAAUUGUGGUGUUGGCCAAAAAUAUUGAACAUACCAUGGACUGCUAAAAGAACGAACAAAUCUGUCUUGGAAGAAGUGCAAUCAGAAUACUCCUCAGAAGCAAAGAUGGAGUAAUUACGCUCACAUACUUUGGACAUGUUCUCAGGAGGAUCAGUCCCUGGAGAAGGACAUCAUGCUUGGUAAAGUAGAGGGUCAUCAAAAAAGAGGAAGACCCUCAAUGAGAUGGAUUGGCACAGAGGCUGCAACAAUGGGCUCUGGCAUAGUGAUUGUGAGGAUGAAUCAGGACCGGGCAGUGUGUCAUUCUGUUGUACAUAGGGUGGCUAUGAGUUGGAACCAACUCGAUGGAACCUAACAACAACAAAAUGCUCUGGGAGUCCCCGGGUGGCUCCUACAGUUAAGGACUCAACUACUAGCUUAAAGGUUGGUGGUCUGAACCCACCAGAGGUGCCUCAGACAACAGGCCUGGCAACCUGCUUCUGAAAGGCCACAACCUUGGAAACACUAUGGAGCAGUUCUACCUUGCACACAUGAGGUUGCCAGGAGUAGGAAUUUUCUCGACGACAACUAACAGCAACAACUUUCUGGAGGGCAGCACCCUCGCACCUCGUUCCCCCUGCAGUGAGAAACAGCGACGGGAACUCAGCCCUGAGCCAUUGGCCCUGAGCAUCCUGUCCCAGUGUGGAGAAAAAACCCGAACAGAAACUCCCAGGGUGCCCCUGUGUCUGCUGUACACUGGGAGAAGGCCCUGGACCUUGCCUCUGUGCUUAAAUCCAUCACUCUAAGUGCUCUGGGCUUUAUGUGCUCGGGGCCUCUCUGUGUGGGGACCUCGUCCCUGUGCUUAAAUCCAUUACCCUAAGUGCUCUGGGCUUUAUGUGCUUGGGGCCCCUUGGUCUGGAGAAAAACCUUUUAAUAAGUCAUUAUUAAAACCAUUUGCCUUUCGACUGUUUGCAUAUAUAAUUCCUGAAAUAUCUCCUCUCUAAUUGUCCAGGAUAGUGAUAUUCAGCAGAGCUCGCUCCCCUUGGAGGCCAUCACCCUUCUCAUAAACCUGCCAUGAAGAGUUUGCGUGGCUCAUGCAGGCCCGGGGCCUGGGGAAGCCCCCAUCUAGCCGUCCAGCGCCCAACUGGAUGGGGAGUAGCGCCUCCAGC